AUGUCAAACCGACGUGGUGGGAAAUCUUCUCACUCUUCUCGUAGACCUGUAGCUUCUAAUAAGGAGCCUGAUACGGUACUCAAAGAAAAAUAUGGCCCUUACCCAGGACAAACAAACGAUAGACACAGCGGAUUAACGCCGAUCGUGCCGCACAUUACCACAGGCGGAGUUGGGAAAGUCGAUGCGAGUACUUUAAGAAGAGAACAGCAACAGAAGAAUGCGUUUUACAACUUUACCGCAAAGCAAUUGCUUGAUUUGGAUGCGAAUAUAACAUCGACAAGAUCUUUGAAAGAAAGCGAUUUGAACAUUCCAUUACUACCCUGCUUUAAAAGAGACCGGUGGAAAACAAAUGGCAAUCCAUAUACUCUUGGUCGAUUAGGACCCGGGAAAUGGUUUGCUCAGAACGAUGUUGUGUGGGAACUAUUACAACCGACUCUUCAACUUGCCUCAAUGUUAUUAAUAAACAUUCAGAGUGACUUGUAUGAUACUUUCUUGUGUGGCAAACGAAUCCCAAUCGAUCCUGAAAGAAUUCCUGAAAAUCUACCAGAGCGCGCCACACCACAAUUCGUAAAGACUCUUUUUUCUACCAAGCCGAGAGGAUUAGUUCCAGAUGAUCCAGCUCUCCAGAAGAGCAAGAAGAUGCUCUUACAUGCAAUGUCAAGUUUCGUUUUCUUGAAGUUCAAAGACGUUACCGAGACGUUUUCUUUCAAUGGCUGUACCAAGUGUGGGUUGCAGAAAAUCCCAGAUAGUAUACCAAUUCUUCACUGUCAUAUCAUCUUAAACCACACAAACCUCGAACCUUUACUGCGACCCAAUAUCACAGCUUCUGAGAAACUGGCAUAUCAAUGGAGAGUGGCCGUCACACUCACUCAUGAAUGGCAAGUGACACCUCCUCUAUAUUUUCAUGCAAUGUUCAACAUUAGCGAAUUCAUUCGGGCAAAAAGAGAUAAAUUUCUGUCAAGUUGGAACCUGGGCUCGGAGCCAUAUUAUGAGAAUCACUCGAUUCAAGAGUGCGGCUUUUUGAUGGAGCAGGUUGCUCUUGGUGGUGUUACUCGUGGGGAGCGGAAUCCAAAGGGCUCUUUGUAUCCUACAACCGCUCUUUUCUGGACCGAGUGGCCAACGGUAUAUUGGGCGAGUUAUACGUCCAGUUUUACGUUAAAAACACCCGCUCUCAAUCCUCGAUACAAUUUUUACCCGAUACCAGUAACUCAUUUUGAAGACGUUCACCAGAUGAGUUUCUGGCUUCAUACUGUCAGAGCAUUUGGUACCAAGAUGCUUGGCCUUAGAUCCAACAAGGUGAGAAUGCAGGUUACUCGACUUCCGCAUUUUCCUGACGUCUAUGUACUAAGUACGGAUGAUGCCGAAAUUAAACACUUUGAGUGGAAAGCUACGCAUAUGACUCUAAAAUCAAAGCAGGAUAUGAGUCCAGAUGAACGAAGAGCUUGCAAAGCUGGGGAUGAUUUAAUUAAAAGGGCAGAAUUGAAUGAAGUGUUUUUCAUCGAAAGCUCAGAACAAUCCAAUCAAUUAAAGGCUAUUGUCGAUUUUAAUAGAAGUCUAAAGGAUAGACUUGAAGCUAUUACUUCGGGUACUCAGUCUGUUCAAGGGCAGGAAAUAAAACAGCAAGAUCCGGUGGAGAUCAUCAAGAUAUCCAUGCAGACUCAAUAUGAUAUGCUUAUGGGUGCUACAAUGGCUCAUCGUGCAGCUGUUAACACCUAUUUUCAAAUGGCAAUUUUUGGAGAUGUAACCAUCGAGAUUAAAGAUCAUUUAUUGAUGUUCAACCAAGGAUUUAGAGGAUUCGCCAGACAGAUCGCUCACGAAUACUGGACGGAUGAAUUAUCUCGAGACUAUGAAGACAUAGAUGAACGGCUAGAAUUUGUGCGACAAAUGUUAUAUUCGCCUGCCGACGAAAAAAGUCAAAAGUAUGCAUUGGAAUAUGAGGAAUUUGGAGAUAUUGCAAUCAUUAUGAACGCCUACGACCAAUUCCACACUGAACCUGAGUAUAUGGGACAGGUGAUUUCUCAAGGAGUGGAAGUCUUAGAAACUCGAUGGAGAAGUUCCCGAUAUGCCAGGACUUGCGCAAAUAUUAUAAAGUUGGCUAAAAGUAUAGUAACUGAAGAGACUGAAGACGCAUUUGAUACGAUUAACAAGAUCGAAGCUAAGAUACAAACACUGAUAUUUUUGUUGAAUGGGGAAGAGAAUAAGCGUUGCGAUUCGUGGACAUCGACACUGGAUGAUAUGAUUAAGAAGAUGAGAAAGAUCUCAUCAGACUUGUUUGAUAAGAUUAUGGCCACGGAGGAUAUUUAUAUGGAUAAAUAUGAUCCUAUGGAUGUGGAUGAUGUAUCAAUGGUUAAUGAUAUGGACGAUACUGAUGAGAUGGAUCUCGUUCCCGGUCAGCCCGCUUGA